GCCCCGGCCCCAGCCCCGCUCCGCCCGCAGCCGCCGCGGCAGCGCGGCCAGCGGCGGGGGAGCCCCGCGCACGGAGCCGGCGACCAUGCUGGCGGCCGCGGCCCUCUGCGCCGCCGCGCUGGGCUGCGCUGCGGGCGCUCGGCUGCUCAGCGGGCAGACAGUUUGCCGGGGUGGAAUGGAGCGGCCGUGCUAUAAAAUAGUUUACUUUCAUGAUGUUUCGCGGAGGAUCAGCUAUGAAGAAGCACGCCUUGCCUGCAGAGCUGAUGGUGGUCACCUAGUCAGUAUUGAAACAGAAGCAGAACAAAGACUGAUUGAAAAAUUUAUUGAAAGUCUCUUGGCUUCUGAUGGAGAUUUUUGGAUAGGGCUUAGGAGGAAAAAGCAUGAGGUAGACAAUAGCACAGAGUGUCAGAACCUCUACUCCUGGUCGGAUGGCAGCUCGUCCAAGUUCCGGAACUGGUAUGUAGAUGAGCCAUCCUGUGGGAGUGAAAUCUGUGUUGUGAUGUACCACCAGCCAUCUGCCCCACCAGGUGUUGGAGGUCCUUACAUGUUUCAGUGGAAUGAUGACAGAUGCAAUAUGAAAAAUAACUUCAUUUGCAAGUAUUCUCUUGAGAAGCAAACGAAUGCUCCAAGAGAGAAUUCUCAAACAGAUGUUGCUACAGAGCCCUUGAAGCCAGUAUUCCCAGAAGAACACCGUAAGAAAGAUGCUAAUGAAACACUUAAAGAAGCCAAAGAACCUGCUCUGAGUCUUGCCUACAUCCUUAUUCCCAGCAUUCCUGUGCUGCUUCUACUGAUGGUCGUUACAGCCUUCUUCUGUUUUUGGCUUUUUGCGAAGAGGCAAGUGACACUGUUGUUUAACAGGAGACAGCAAAUAGAAGCAAGCCCAAAGGACGAAGAUUCCUGGCUCUCUACCCACAGGAGGAACAGUCCAAAUCUGGAGGUUUACAAAGUAAUUAAGAAGCAAUCAGAAGCAGAUCUGACUGGAACGAGGCCUGACAUUAAGAAUUCCUCAUUCCGUACACGAGAAGAUAAGAUGCUUGACAGUCUCUCUGGGGAUUAUGAUGAUGUGGCAAUGAAUACAUCAAGUGGCUUUGUGACAUUGGCCAGUACAGAAAGUGGCUUUGUGACCAAUGAUAUAUAUGAACUGUGUGGAGAUCAUGUGGGGAGGAGCAAGGAAUCAGCCUGGGUGGAGAAUGAGAUAUAUGGAUACUAAGGAAAUGGACAAAGAAAGCCUGAAAUGUGGAUCACAAAGUGAAUGCCAAUGCAAGUUUAGCCUGCCCUACCCAUGCACUUGUUUUAAUGACUGUAUGUGUGAUAUUGUAUCCUGGUUUUGCAUCAUCCCUCUAUUCUUUCUUGAAAGAACAUGGGAUUUUAAAGAUCCAAACCAAAAAGAAUUUAUAUACUGUGCUUUGCAUCAACCCCCCUUUUGCACCAGGAAUGGCCUGUUAAGUCUUGAUUACUUUUUGUUUACAGUCUAAAUUUCCUGCACUCCAAAGGUGAAAAUAUUAAGGUCUUUAAAGAACAAUCUAAAAUCCCUAUUUAUUUGAACUUUCUCAUCUCCAAAGAAGUUGAAAGUCAAAAGUCAGUCACUUGUCAUGCUUUCUCAUAGGUGUCCCAAAGAAAGCUGCUGUAGUUGCAGAUCUGUCAUUGUUUCCAUGCCAACCCAUGGUCCAACUGUAGGGUCUUCAUCAGCUGCUUACAAUGCUGACAGGCACUUCACAGGGAGGAGAGUAGUGUAGUUUCUGCUCUUUUCCCCCUCUAAGUCUCACUGUCAAGGCAAGAUAUGUGAGUCACAGCACAUAACUGAGUUUACACUGUAAGUUGUUUUUCAAAGAAUUGCAGUAGGUGCUUUGUCAUAAGGCUCAUUGUGUCCCUUUACUUAUCCCCACAAAAGUAAUUUCAAAGCAAGGAAUGAGGAACUUCUCUCUAAUGCUAAAGAAAGGCAAUGGGGUAUUCCAAAGCAUUUUACUUGGUCUCAGAAAAUACUGCAGUCUGGCUUUGGCCUACAUGACAAACUAAAUACUAGUUUCUUUCUUGUAGAAGGAAUAGCCAGUUGCAAUUUCAUUCUAGAUUUUUUCUCUUUGUGCCUGUGACCUGUACUAAAUUCCAUGAGGAUGAACAUCCUGAUACUAAUCUCCAGAGAUGGAAUUUAUGACAAGGUAGGUGGACAUAGGAAAUUGGAUUAAAAGCAGCAUUUAGACUGAUCAUAGUAACAAGUCAUAAUAAAUGCUCUGUUGUCUCAGUGUUACAGGGACUUCACAUAUUCCAUUUCUUUGAUUAAAUAAGUAUCAGGAUGAGGUACUGAGGAUAGCUCAUGGAAUUUUGCCUCUUGACAGUGGGAGGGAAUUACUUUUUUUAAGGGAUCUUCUGCAAAGCCAUGUUUGAUACCUGCCAUUCCCCUGCCCUUUUGGAGGAAUAGAGAUGGAAGAGAGCAGUCUAUAGCUGCCACACAACUAAGAAUAAAUUCAGAUGAAAUGAGAAUUAGCCUGUUAGAUACCAGGAACAAGCAAGAAUGUAAAAUAACACCAUAUAUAGGAAAGAAUUCCUGGUCUAUAUUUCACUGCUUGACUUUUGAGAGGAUGGGACAAGUCUAUUCAUGGUAAGGGUUUGCUUUUAAAUCAUCUGUUUGUGUGGGUUUUUUGUUUUUUCUUUUUCUUUCUUUUUUUUUUUGCAGCACAUCUUAAAGUUCAUAAGGAGCUAGGAGAAAUCACAAGAAUGCAUUUGCCAUGGAAGUGAUAUGAAGGAACUGGCCAAAAGUCUGCAGAAGCAACUGCAGGCCAGAGUUUUAUCCUCUUAAAGCACGUAAGGAGCCAGAGCAAGCUGACAGGACACUGUAAGGGUUAUGCUGAGUUUAAUUCUUAUUUUGAGCAGAGAAUGUAUAAUUAUUAAAAUGCUUUCAGCCAAAUAUAAAUGAGAUUUCUGGUAUGUAAAGUUAGAAAUGGCUGUGAUGAGCUGUUCCAAAAUAACCUGCAUUUAACUUGGUCACUGGUAUGCUCUAAAGCCUUUUGAAGCACACUUUAAGAGAUCGCUUGUAUCGCAGGAAAAGAGAAAGGUGGUUCCAUGCAUCUUUCAUUACACAGCCCUGCAAUUUUCCCCUUUAAUUCUGUCUCUUUGGCUUGGGAGGACUGUCAUGUAUCACUGAUGAUGCAGAAAGGCAACUGAAUGACAAGUUGUGUGCUGGGCACUUUCCUUAAACUGUGCUUGUCUAGCACCAGAUGGUGUGAAGAGGUACCAAGAGUCAUCCCCUGCAAGUUGAAUACCACACAGCCUUACUUACAAAGGAGCAAAAGCAUAACCAAAAAGGUACAUGGUCUGCUCAGCAGCAUGGAUUCUUAAGGAACUGGAUGCCUUUGGUUUUGAACUCAUCACAUGGACAAGCAUUCAUCUUCUGUGUGUUAGAAGAGAUUGCAGCAUCUCCCAUAAAAGCUUGUAACUAUCAGAGGGAUUUUGCUAUGCCAUGUAGUGCAGAGCCCACCUGUAUACAUUUGUUUAGAAGAAACAUGGCAAAGGGAGCUCAGGAGCAGUGCUGAUGACUUGAGAUCAUGAUUAGCUUAUUUUUCACUAGGGCUUUCUGAUAAUGUUUAUAUGACAUGAUCGGAUGAAUGUUUGGCUCACAGUAAUAAGGACUAAAUGACCCUCCCGAGAACUUGGAGCUAACUCCUGUGGCAAGGCCUCUGCACUGUCAGUACAGCUAAGUGGAAAAACAGAAGUUUGGAUAAAAACUGAGAUUCAUGUUGAGUUGAAUAUGCUCAGGGCAAAAUCCCAUGUGCUGCUGGAUGUGGACUUGCUUUAGUUGAAUCCUAUUGUAGAAAUUGGUUUGCAGGAAGCUGGAAAUCUCUGCAGUUGCCAAGGCUUUUGGAAAAUAAUGGAAAGGGGAUUCAAAUUUAUUGGAUAAGCACAUGAUCUGGUUGCAUAAAGGACUGUUUCCUGUUAAAUAUUGUACGUCAGCACUGAGAUUUUCAAAACUGAGAAUACAUUUACAAGAUUUCCCCAUUGAAAUGAAUAGGCACAAUCCAUUUCUGUGUCUCCCCAGUUGCUUCAGGCUGUAGACACACAACACAGCCUUGUUUUGCACUUGUUCUGCUUUUCAAAGCUUUUCAUCCUUACCUGAACAUGCUAGUGAUAAAUGGAAGCUUGGAGUUGGCAGCACAAGUUCUGCAGCAAGUGGCAGAUUCUGAGGCAAAGUCACUGGUUGAGAAGCACUGAUUGCAGCAGUGUGGCUUCUGGAUUUUGUUCAGUCCAGAGUUAGCCUGUGUUUCAUAUGCGAAUUAAGUCCUGCUGUUAAUACUGAAGUCCUGAAAAUGCUUGGAGGUUUGCGUUCAGAGAUGUACAGCUUCUUGCUACAGAUCUUUGCACAUUUAUAGCUGUGUCUAUGUAGAAAACUGGCAGCAGCUCUGUGGAGUUAGGCUGUUAUGAUUUCUCCUGUCUGCUCUGAUGUCUCAGCUCUUUUAUGAACUUGUUUAUGUAUUCUUAAGGCAAAUAUGUUCAGCUUUGAGUUAAGCCAGCACAUUUUGCUUUGUCUGCACUUAAUCUGUUUUCAAUUAUUCCAGUAAUGGAGCUAUUUCCUAAAACUGGCAUUUUAUUUGAAUGUAUCCCAUUGGACUGAGAAGUGGGAGUGCCAUGUUGAGAACCAAAUACUUUGAAUACUGGUAAUCUGGACAUCUGCAUUAAAGAAAAGAAACUCCUUA